AAGCCACCUGGGGUCUGGGGUCCUCUGGUGGUAGGGGUUGGGGACUGACCCCCAAAUAUCCUGGCUGGUCCCAGCCAGUUUCCCACCCUCUGGCAGGUACAACCCACCUCUUUCUGGGGGAGGUGGGGCCUCUCCCUUCAGCGUCCCUGUCCUUGGUCUCUGUCCUGGCAGUCUUGGCCUCCUGCCUCCUACGCUGUUCGGCUCACCUGGCCUCAUCUUUGAACGCUCCUGCUCUUUCCUUGGUCCAUCGCCCAUCUGUCCACCAGCCAGUAUUUAUUGAACACCCCCCAAGUGCUGUACCCCAUGCUGGGUACAGGGCCACCAAGAUGAACGAAGCAGCAUUUCCUCUGGGAGUUCCCAGCUUACAUAAACAGGAAGUGACCACGGAGGCUGACAAGCAGUGGUGGGGAGAGGGGGCAGGAGCAUGGAGGAGCACAAUGCAGAUGAAUGGUCAGCGAAGGGCUGGGAGCAGGAGGGGCAUGAGACCCAGGUCAGUGAGGCGGUGGGGAGUGGGGCAGGGAACAGGUGCUCUGGGCCGAGGAGGCAGCAUGUGCAAAGGCCCCGGAGCGGGGCAGUAGGAGACAUUCAAGAAACGAUUUUCGCGAUAGUCAACAUUUAUUGAGUAUUUACCGUGUGCUGGGCGCUCUCUUACGAUCCUGACAGUUCCUUGCUUAAUCCUUAUAGACACCAGACAGUCCACAGGGCUGUCCUGUUCCCAUGUGGAGAUGAGCAAACAGGCACAGAGAGGUUCAGUGACCCACCUGGGGACACACAGGCGUAGAAAGGAUGACAGAGGCUCCAUGUGGCUGGAGAGGGGUGGGCGUGAGAGAUUGGAGCCAGGCCAGCCAGCACAGAUAUUCAGGCCAGGGAGAACUUUGAGACCCUGUGCCCUCUUGAAAAGUUAGGCGCUUUCCCUUCUCUGUGCCUCCAUUUUCUCUUCUGUACAAUGGGGCUGCUGUGGCAUCUGUCUCGGGGGCCAUGGUGAGAAUGACCGAGGCUGUGCGUGGAAAGAGCUCCUGGCUCCGGUGUGGCCGAUGUCAUUCUCGGUGGGCAGUCACUGAGUGGAGGUGUUUGGUGCUAGGAUGGCGUCUCGCCGGCGUGGGUUCAGAUCCCGGCUCCACGGCCUCCUGGCUACACGACCUUGUGCAGUUCUUCCCCUUCUCAGAGGGGCCGGUUGCUCAUCUGUGAAGUGGGUUCAGCGCCACCACUGCAUGCACUUGACGCAGCAUGGAACCUUUGGGGGAGCCCUGGCCCCUGACGACAGAGGGGACAGGCCAGGGAGCCCUUCCAGACUUGGUGGAGUGGCCCGGAGGAAGGACAGGGUGGACAGGCUGGUUGGCUGGGAGCUGUUCCUGGUCACCGUCCCCACCCCCAGACGGGCCAGGCUGGCAGCAGGCUCUCCCUAAGCCCUCCCCACCCCGCCCACCAGCCCAGAGCCUUGCCUAAAGUGACCCUCCCACCAGAGGCGUUAUUAAUAGCCACGGCAGGGCUCGGAUCGCUGGCCAAGAAUGUUACCCAGUGGCGAGUGGGGGAAGAGGAAGCCACGGGGCUGGCGGCUGGGGUGGGUGCAGAGUGAUGCCCGGGGUACCAUGUGGGCCAGGCAGGAGGGCCUUCACCACCCCCACCCCCACCCCCACACUGUGGUCCGCUGUCCCUCCUCCUCCUCGUCUUCUGUCUCCUGUUCAGGUGACUCGGAGGAGGAGGACAUGGGGCUCUUGGAGGUCAGCGUUACGGACAUCAAGCCCCCGGCCCCGGAGCUGGGCCCCAUGCCGGAUGGUCUGAGCCCUCAGCAGGUGCUCCGGAGGCACAUCCUGGGCUCCAUCGUGCAGAGCGAAGGCAGCUACGUGGAGUCUUUGAAGCGGGUACUCCAGGAUUACCGCAACCCCCUGAUGGAGAUGGAGCCCAAGGUGCUGAGCGCCCGCAAGUGCCAGGCGGUGUUCUUCCGUGUGAAGGAGAUCCUGCACUGCCACUCCAUGUUCCAGAUAGCCCUGUCCUCCCGCGUGGCUGAGUGGGAUGCGACCGAGAAGAUCGGGGACCUCUUCGUGGCUUCAUUCUCCAAGUCCAUGGUGCUAGACGUGUACAGCGACUAUGUGAACAACUUCACCAAUGCCAUGUCCAUCAUUAAGAAGGCCUGUCUCACCAAGCCCGCCUUCCUCGAGUUCCUCAAGCGGCGGCAGGUGUGCAGCCCGGACCGCGUCACGCUUUACGGGCUGAUGGUGAAGCCCAUCCAGAGGUUCCCACAGUUCAUCCUCCUGCUUCAGGAUAUGCUGAAGAACACCCCCAGGGGCCACCCGGAUAGGCUGUCCCUGCAGCUCGCCCUCACGGAGCUCGAGACACUGGCCGAGAAGCUCAAUGAGCAGAAGCGACUGGCCGACCAGGUGGCCGAGAUCCAGCAGCUGACCAAGAGCGUCAGCGACCGUAGCAGCCUCAACAAGCUCUUGACCUCGGGUCAGCGGCAGCUGCUCCUGUGUGAGACACUGACAGAGACCGUGUACGGUGACCGCGGGCAGCUGAUCAAGUCCAAGGAGCGCAGGGUCUUCCUGCUCAAUGACAUGCUGGUCUGCGCCAACAUCAAUUUCAAGCCUGCCAACCACAGGGGCCAGCUGGAGAUCAGCAGCCUGGUGCCCCUCGGGCCCAAGUACGUGGUGAAGUGGAACACGGCGCUGCCCCAGGUGCAGGUGGUGGAGGUGGGCCAGGAGAGCGGCUCCUACGACAAGGACAACGUGCUCAUCCAGCAUGCUGGCGCCAAGAAGGCUUCCGCCGUGGGCCAGGCCCAGAAUAAGGUGUAUUUCGGCCCCCCGCGCCUCUUCCAGGAGCUGCAGGACCUGCAGAAAGAUCUGGCUGUGGUCGAGCAGAUAACCUUCCUCAUCAGCACGCUGCACGGCACCUACCAGAACCUAAACAUGACCGUGGCUCAAGACUGGUGCCUGGCCCUGCAGAGGCUAAUGCGGGUAAAGGAGGAGGAGAUCCACUCGGCCAACAAGUGUCGUCUCAGGCUCCUGCUUCCUGGAAAACCUGACAAGUCCGGCCGCCCCAUCAGCUUCAUGGUGGUCUUCAUCACUCCCAACCCCCUGAGCAAGAUCUCCUGGGUCAACCGGUUGCACUUGGCCAAGAUCGGACUCCGGGAGGAGAACCAGCCGGGCUGGCUGUGUCCGGAUGAGGACAAGAAGAGCAAAGCCCCAUUCUGGUGCCCCAUCCUGGCCUGCUGCAUCCCUGCCUUCUCUUCCCGGGGCCUCAGCCUGCAGCUUGGGGCCCUGGUCCACAGUCCUGUCAGCUGUCCCCUGCUGGGCUUCUCAGCAGUCAGCACGUCCCUUCCACAGGGCUACCUUUGGGUUGGGGGCGGGCAGGAAGGUGCAGGGGGCCAGGUUGAGAUCUUCUCCUUGAACCGGCCCUCGCCCCGCACGGUCAAGUCCUUCCCGUUGGCGGCCCCUGUGCUCUGCAUGGAGUACAUUCCCGAGCCAGAGGAGGGGGAGAGUGGAGACGAGAGCCAUGUGACCACUAACCCCUCUGCUGCAGUGCAUCCGACCAUCUGCCUUGGGCUCCAGGAUGGCAGCAUCCUGGUUUACGGCAGUGUGGACACGGGUACCCAGUGCCUGGCCGCCUGCAGGAGCCCCGGCCCACAGCCUGUGCUCUGCGUGAGCCACAGCGCCUUCCACCUGCUUGCCGGUCUGCAGGACGGGACCCUCGCCGCCUACCCCCGGACCAGUGGAGGUGUCCCCUGGGACCUGGAGAGCCCUCCCGUGUGCCUGACUGUGGGGCCAGGACCCGUCCGCACCCUGCUGAGCCUGGAGGACACCUUGUGGGCCAGCUGUGGGCCUCGGGUCACCGUGGUGGAUGCCACUAGCUUGCAGACUCAGCAAAGCUUCGAGGCGCACCAGGAUGAGACUGUGAGCGUGACGCACAUGGUGAAGGCUGGCAGCGGCGUCUGGAUGGCCUUCUCGUCCGGCUCCUCCAUCCGCCUCUUCCACACCGAGACGCUGGAGCACCUGCAGGAGAUCAACAUUGCCACUAGGACCACCUUCCUCCUGCCAGGCCAGAAGCACCUGUGUGUCACCAGCCUCCUGAUCUGCCAGGGUCUGCUCUGGGUGGGCACCGACCAGGGGGUCAUUGUCCUGUUGCCUGUGCCUCGGCUGGAAGGCAUCCCCAAGAUCACAGGGAAAGGCAUGGUCUCGCUCAACGGUCACUGCGGGCCUGUGGCCUUCCUGGCCGUGGCUACCAGCAUCUUGGCCCCCGACAUCCUGCGGAGCGACCAGGAGGAGGCCGAGGGGCCGCAGGCCGAGGACGACAAGGCGGACGGGCCGGCGCCCGAGCCCACACCCAUGCCCGCGAGCCACGUGGGCCGAGAGCUGCCCCGCAAGAAGGGCAUCCUCCUGCAGUACCGCCUGCGCUCCACCGCGCACCUGCCCGGCCCGCUGCUGUCCGUGCGGGAGCCGGCGCCCGCCGACGGCUCGGCCCUAGAGCACAGCGAGGAGGACGGCUCCAUCUACGAGAUGGCCGACGACCCCGACGUCUGGGUGCGCAGCCGGCCCUGCGCCCGCGACGCCCACCGCAAGGAGAUCUGCUCCGUGGCCAUCAUCUCUGGGGGCCUGGGCUACCGCCACUUCGGCAGCGCCCCGGGGGGCAGCGGGCGGCCGGCCCCGUGCGGGGAGACGGACAGCGCCCUCCUCAUCUGGCAGGUGCCCUUGACGUUAUAGCCCCUGCCCGGGCGGGCUCUCCGCCUGCUGGGGGCCCCUCCCGCCAUCCGGGGUUCCCCGCCCCCCCCCCCCCCCCCGGGAGCACUGGGUAGAUUCACCUUCCAGGGGCCACGAGGAUGGGCCUGGGUCUCCCGGAGCUACCUUGGCAGAGCAGAGGAGAACUUCUUCCUUUUUAAAAAAAAAAAAUUUCAGAGUGUUUUGGGGGAGGAGUCUGGGCUUGGGGAGAGGAUACCUCUGGAGGAAAUGGCCUUCUUUUUAAAAGCAAAAAAAAAAACGAAAACAAAAACACAAAACCUCACAACUGCCUGGCAAGCCCAGGGCCUCUCGUGCGGCCGAGCAGGGCUCAGAGGCGGCCACGCGCCUCUCCGGGAAGGCCGUGUGCGCGUGAGAGUCUGAGAGCGUGUGGGCUGGUGUGUGAAUAUCUAUAAAUACGUAUAUAUGGUGUAUAUUAUGUGUAUAAAUGAAAUCUGUACAUAUUGGAGCUUUGGGAGAUGCUGGAAUAAAAGACAAUAACGUGA